UAAGCAGGUGCCUGCCGUUUCAUUUAUACACACUUCCAAACCACUUGUGCUCACGUCCAGCCGAAAUGGCUGUAAUAUAGCGCUUUCACUUUCAAUACUGCUACAAACAUUAGAGGGUGACUCACUGAUAUACCGCAAACAAGUGAGAUGGACAGAAGGAGAAUUGUUGGGAGGGGAGGAGUUAAGAGAAGCACAUAUAUUGUGCCAUGCUUUCUGUUCGUAGAGCUGGUGAUCAUGGCCGGAACAGUUCUCCUGGCAUACUACUUUGAGUAUACGGACACGUUUCCGGUGCACAUCCAAGGGUUCUUCUGCUUUGAUAAAGCCUUCUCCAAGCCAAAUCCUGGACCUGAAGAUGACAGCAAAGCUGCUCCAGUGCUGGUCUAUUCGCUGGUCACCGCCAUCCCCACCAUCACCAUACUGCUGGGGGAGCUCAUAUCCUUCUUCACUAAACCUGAGGACACACAGGAGAAGACCAUAGUAACGGCUGACUGCUGUUAUUUCAACCCGCUGCUGAGACGCAUGGUCCGUUUUCUUGGUGUGUACUCCUUUGGCCUCUUUACCACCACAAUAUUUGCCAAUGCAGGACAGGUGGUGACAGGAAAUCAGACUCCUCACUUCCUGUCAACAUGCCGCCCAAACUACACAGCGCUGGGCUGCCAUUCACCAAUGCAAUACAUCACAGAGCGCCGCGCAUGCACUGGGAACCCUUACCUCAUUGUCUCCGCCCGCAAAUCUUUCCCCUCAAAAGACGCAGCGCUGAGUAUGUACUCUGCUGUCUAUACAGUGAUGUACGUAACUCUGGUGUGGCGCACUAAAGGCACAAGGCUGACUAAACCCACUCUGUGUAUGACUCUUCUCUCAUUGGCUGUUCUGGUGGGCAUUGUGCGUGUAUCCGAGUACCGCAAUCACUGGUCUGAUGUUCUAGCGGGAUACCUUACUGGGGGAGCCAUUGCUGCUUUUCUGGAGGAGGGAUGCGCUGUCAUGGAGUUCUCGCCGCUGCCGUCCGCUAGGGGAGGAGCCGUGGCCGUACGCAAGGGGCGGAGGAGUUGCUGCCUGCCGCCGGGAGUUGGAGGAACCACUGCCAUCCACCAGGAAGGGGAGGAGCCAUUCCAUCCGCCAGAGGUCGGUGGACUCACUGCCGUCUGCCAGGGGAGGAGCUGCUGUCAUUCAACAGAGGGCAGAGGAGUGGCUGAGGACUAGGCGACGGCAUGUCUGGGGAAUGGCGAGCGAGGUUUUUCUCUCUCUCUCUCUCCUCUCUCUCUCUGUCUCCCCCCCUCUCUCUCUCUGUCUCCCCCCCUCGCUCUUUCCCUCUCCCCUCACCCUCCCCUCGUCUCUCCCAGGGCUCCAGAGAGGUGGAGAAGACCUGCUGGAAGCAAGACGGCCAGAAGGGCAACACCUCCCCUCCAGCAAGGGAAGGGAGGGGAGUACACACACCGGAGGUAUCCUCGGCCUGAAUCGGGCGGUGGAGGAGUGUGAUGAGAGGAGGCGUGGCCGGGCCGUGAGGGUGCAUGGCCAGCGCUGAGUCACCUAAUAAGCUGGGAGGGGGAUAAAGAUGAGGGCGCCAGUUCGAGAGAGAGAGAGAGACACACAAGCAGCUGCUGUGUGUGUGUGUGUUUAUGUUUGUUUAAGUUAAUUUAUGUAAUUCAAGUUAUGUUGACUGUUCUGCCGGUUCCCGCCUCCUCCUUGCCCAUCUUUUACAUGUUACAGCCUGUUAUCGGUGAGAUUGAGCAGCGAUCUCAACACAUGAUCAAACGGACAACAUAAACGCACAAGCACAUCGUGGUCUUUGCUUACGAAGAGACUGUAGCCGUUGAAAAAUUUAUGAGUAAAAGAUAACCAUAUUUUAACAUUUUGAAUCACAAUACACUAAAUAUAAAGGAAAAAACACUUACUCAUGUUGUGCAUCCUAAAAUAACUGCAUUCAAAAAUAUAAAUACCCUCCAGUGGCAUCCGAAGUGUUGUAUUCAGUAGUGAUCACCGCAGCAAUUCAGGCAUAAAAUGUCUCGAACACAGCCGCAAAUUCGCCGUUAUUCCUCCUCAUUCUAAAUGUAAAUUCAAGCCAGCUGACCCAUAACCAAGGAAGUUUGGGUUAAGGAACGAUAGUUUUGAAGGAAAACUGAUGACAAUACACCUUGCCAUCUUCACCAACAUACGAUUGAUGCUUCAUUCAACUCUACGCAAGUGUGAUAAGUCUCUAGUUCUCUCGUGAAGGAGGAAGCGGUAGCCAGAGAAACGAUCCACGUGAGUCUUUAUUUUUAACACACUUUUCAGUGUCACACAAAGUUCUGCUUUUCAGUACAAUGUAAAUAAGGCACACAUAAGCACUGCUGCGUGCGUCUCUCUCUCUCUCUCUCUUCCAGUGGUUCGGACUGCCCUUUUAGCCCUCCCAGCUCUCACUGCAAACACAAACAGCUGUUAGAGAGAAUUUCCCACAGGUUUCAGUCCUUGCCGUUCUUCUUCUCUCGGCCUCGCUCUCCACAGUCGUUUCUUGGCCACGCCCACAUCACCACAGCAAGGUUGUGGUAUUUAUAAGAAAGGGGCAGGGUUUAAGCGGACUAAAUGAUUGGAGAAGUCCUGCAUACGUCACCAGAGAGAAGACUGUCGUUUCACUGGAAGAUCGAGUUAUUACAUUUUGAAGAUUACGAGGUAAAAAAAGUUUUUUAAAUAAAACAUAUGCAUGGAUUAAUUGUUCACAAUAAGAUCAAUAACAUGCAUUUAGAAAAUAGAUAAGGUGAAUUUUCAUUUCAUGCUGACUUUAAGAAUGCAACGUGUACUUGAGUUAAGUUAUGAAUUGCGGUCUGCACAUUUUUGGAAUGCAACAACACAUGAAAUGGAGCUUGCGUAGCUAGAAGCAUCUGCAUUACAUACUUCCAUUGAGUUUUUUUGGGGGGGCUUUAAUGAGACAGUAUGCUCUUAUGUAUGUAGUAAGCCAGUACAACAGUGGUUCAUACUACAAUGUCAUUGCAUGUCUCGAAACCUACAUCAAAAAAUUGCAUUUUGAUAACACAGACCACAUUGUUGCAUACUGUUUGCAAUUGUAUGUAAGCGUUAGCAUGUUCCACCAGCUAGACCAACACUAGACCAACACUAACUGCUGGUGUAAGCUGGUCUUUUCAGCAAGGAGGCUUUUGCAUUUCAUGUUCUGUUGCAGAUUCAUGUCCACUUGCAUUCCAUUGAUCUCUGACAGUUAAACCAGAUCUAAACAGGUGAUGCUGGGGAGGAGGAGGGUUUCAGAUAGAAAACUCUCGUAAUGCUCUGCAGUGAAACCGGCUUACCUGCAAUAACUGAGGCAAUUUAAAUGUUAGACAAAGAGAGAGUAUGAAAGUUGAUUUGCUACCUGAUUACAUGUCAAAGGACCUAUAAUCUUGCUCAAUGUACAGUUUCAUGACUGAACUUAAAAUCAUUUGAACACACACGUUUAAUAACAAAUUCUAACAAGUGUUUACUGAGUCUGCAGCUAAUCCACCUGCUCUAGACGCCUUCAUUUAUCCUCUUAAAGCAAGUCUAGUCACAACCAUGCCAAGGACUUAACUGAACAUGCACUGGGCAUAAAGUCCUUAAUCGACAACAGGCAGAUUCGACCUAAACUUCCAUUGCCAUAAAUGCCUUAUACGACUUUGUAGUCACCAUUAACCUUCUCUCCAUUCUGCUUUUUUCACUCAUCCAGGUCACUUGUGUGAUCAAUAACUUCCAGCAGACACAGCCUCCCCUACCACCCAUGCCGUCCCCUUUGCAGCCCCCACGCCCAGACCCCCCGCUCAACAUGCCCAUGGUGGCCAUGCCCUGUAUAGA